AUGGAGUCUAAACUGAAACUCAUGCUGCAUCCCAGCAAUUCGGCCCCCUCGUUGAAAGAGACGACAACUCGACCAGAAUCAGUCGGUUCUGCAAGAUCGAAGGCCUCGUCAUUUCGUCAUGGGUUAUUGAAGACGGGUGCUUCUACCGACCAACCAGCUAAAGAUUCACCAAUACCUCCGGUUUUGACGACGGGUCGUCCAAAACCGACAGGAAGAAAUAUCACUAUGAGGCAUAGGUUUUCAAGCGUGUCAAUUCCGUCAAGAAGAUCAUCCAUGGCUAAUGUCGAGAGGCGAAGCGAAGGAACCCUUAUAAUCGAUGAGACUAAACGACCUCAUGUGGUGUGUCUUGACCCUACGAUGCACCCUCCAGACAUGCACGCGGCAAUCCAUCAUCCUGGCUUGGUCACAGAAGCCGACUUUUGUGAUGCUGGGGUCGCCAUUGAGCGCGACUCGCCGAUCAUAACACCGCCAAGCAGACUCUCCCCUCUGUCAGAUAUCAUCACAACUGCGCCAGUCUACCGCAUUCUCUCGGGAGGAAAUAGGCAUGAAGGUGUAAUGGAUGUAUCUGCUCAUACUCACAAGCACCAUAGCUCAGCUGUCAAAGUCCGCCCAGCAACUGGACUUCUUCCUAAGGCUGCACCGCACGAGGGCCACUCGAACAUCUCUAAGGUUCGACCUGCUCCAGAGAGCAGUAUAAACGAGGUUAUACCUGAUGAAAAAACCCCAGUUGAGCCAAAUGUCAUUGAGGAAAAGCGCAAUAUUACAGAGCAUCUUCAACAUGGUCAUAGUCUAACACAGGGGGUCAGCCCAUCAAUGGCUCCCAGCUCUCCUUUGAGCUCUGAACACACUUCAAAUCAUGAAGGUCAUAUUUGGGUCCAGAAGGUGCAGCCUUAUCAUGAAUCAUCAGUUGUGUUAUUCAAAACAGAAGAAAGCUCGUUCCCAAAGCUGUCUGUUACAAGUAAUGACGAGGAUUCGUCAAAAAGCACUUCAUACUGGGGCUUCCUACCAAAGUUAGGUGAAAAGAAGGACAAGGUGUCUAGUGUCGUCGAUGAGCCGUCGAUCCAUACACCUUCACAGCCGGAGCUUGAAGAUAGGCGCGUAACCCCACCUGUCUUGAAAGAUAGAACAGUGGCGACGGGUCACAUUGAAAAUAAGCCUUCGAGCCAAUAUUCAACCUCUCAAAAAAGCUUCGAUGUCGUCUCUGGAAUCAUCCCAAGGUCGACCGAACUAAUUGACAAUCAGGAGAACGACCGCCACGGUAACGAAGGUAUGGCACUACUUGACAAGGAUUCCAACAGUAGUCCUUCGCAGGUAGGAACCGGCCUUCAAGAUGAUAGAGAAGGAGGAGUUCUAUCGACAACAUCGGUUUCCCCCACCACUCAUCCACGUCGUGUAGAGAGCGAGGGCGAGAAGAGUGAGCAGGAACAGAACCUAUCGCCCGAGAGGAGUGACCCCUGGCGUGCAGGCGCAUGGCUCCGUCAGUUUCUUGGAUAUCCCGAGUCGGCCGAUGAGAACCUUACCCAGUUACCAGAGAAGUCCCACCCUCGCCAUGAAGAGCAUUAUGACUAUCCCAAUGACAUAGUCGACGAGAUCGCAUCCAGAGUGACGACAUUCUCAGAACAGAGUGCAGCAGAUGCCGGAACUAUGGAUAAGACUAUGCAUAACCUCGAACGACUACUUAACGAAGCACUGAAUCUCGCUGGUGAAGCGAGCGAGCGUGAUCAUUGUGAACAUACCGACGACGGGAAUCUUCCUAGUCAUUUGCAGAACACAUUUGAACUGAUACAACCUGAUGUUCAUGAGCAUUUCGGAAGUUCAAGUGAAGAUAUGCAGGAACCUAUACUUACUAAGGCACCGCAACAUGCCUUCGUAGGCGGGGUUGAAGGCUUCGGGCAUGGAUGCGAGGCCUUGGCCUCAAGGUGGACAGAUCCUCGCGGGUUAGUUAGACCUGAUAUGCGCAGCGGCAAUAUCGGACGAUCAUCAUAUUCUACUGGGGCCCCUAAGGAACGAAGUGUUCAUGACCGGCGGAAUUCCAAGCGAAAGCAUACAAGUCGCGAGAAACGUCAGCAUGUCUCCUCUGACGAUAGCCUUUUGCCAAUGCCACCUCCCGAUAGCGAAAUCAAAAGACAGUGUCUGUCUCCAAUGCCUCAUGCAUAUGAUGAAGAUGAUCCAACGGGAGUGAUAAAAUCUCAUGGCAAAGACGUCCCCAAUAGUCGAGAAGUCAGGGAGUAUAUCCGUGUCUUCCAUCAUCCUCCAAUCACAUCUCGAAACAGCUCUAGAAAUCUUCGCGAUGCCUCGCCAGAAGAUGACACUAAACUUCGUCGAACUGAUACGUAUCCUGGAGUGCAUCGCAGAGACGUGGACGUAUGUAGCUUGGAUGGCGGUUCCGAUGAGGAAUUACAAGAUACCGGAGUCCCAGGCUUCAGAAGGCCUAGGCAUCAUCAUAACCAAGACUCAUUACCGGCAAAAACUAGAGCAUCCCCGAAACAAACAGCACCCAAGAGACAUCACGAACUGCGCAACAUAAGUCUUCACAGAAGGUCUCACGUCAGUAUCCGGGAUGGGCAACGAUUCAGUCUUACCAAGUCUGUAAAACGACAACCUACGAUUGCCCGUGACUGGUCGCCCAUCCGCAAGCGAUUUGUUGCUUCUGUUGCGUGCUUGAGUACUGCAUUGAUCGGUAUCUUGGUUGGAAUCUAUGCUGGUCUAGUUCCAUCAAUGCAGUAUUACAUUGCAGACUUCAACCACUAUACGAUCCUUGGAAACGUUGGGAUGUACCUGGGAAUGGCGCUUUCGAAUUUCCUAUGCUGGCCGUUGCCAUUGCUACAUGGCCGCAAGCCAUACAUCGUAUGCAGUUUAUGUGUAGCUAUGCCGCUACUUUUCCCUCAAGCUAUUGCAGUUAGUGCUCCCAGGUCUCCAUACACAAGUGUUUGGAGGUGGGCACUGCUUCUUCCCAGGGCCCUCAUGGGCUGCGCUUUGGGAUUUGCCAACAUGAACUUCCAUUCAAUACUAACCGACCUUUUUGGGGCAUCUUUGAUGAGCAGCAACCCACAUCAGGAGGUCGUUGACCGUUACGAUGUGAGAAGACAUGGGGGUGGCCUUGGUGUAUGGCUCGGCGUUUGGACAUGGUGUUUCAUCGGCUCAUUGGGCGUCGGCUUCCUAGUUGGCGCUAUAGUCAUCGACAACCUACAACCGUCAUGGGGGCUCUACAUUAGCAUCAUGCUUAUUGCAGUCGUCCUUGUUCUUAACGUUCUCUGUCCUGAGGUCCGACGAUCAGGCUGGAGACGUUCCGUAGCCGAAGUCAGGACUGGUUCAGCAGUAUCCCGAAGAGUAGCUCGGGGUGAAGUCAUGAUGCAUCGAGUCAAGGAUGGCCCUAAAUGGUGGGGACAAGAAAUGUAUCAUGGAGUAGCCCUGUCCCUCGAGAUGCUUCGGCAACCUGGUUUUGUUAUCAUGGCACUCUACUCGGCGUACAUAUAUUCUCAGGUUGUUUUGGUCAUUGUCCUUCUGGGAUCUUUGACCUCCAGAUACUACCGGUUUAAAUCCACAUACGUGGGAACCGCGGUGUCAUCUGUCGCAAUCGGUGCCCUUUUAGCAGUGCCAUUCCAGAUGGCGAACCUCUUCUCUCGAGCGCGCUCUACGGGCCCGCUAACGAACAGUAUGACCUUCGACAAAAGGUUGACAUGGACCUCACAUCUCGUCCGAAGAGCCAUCUUUGUCAUUGUGCUCCCCAUCGCCGGCAUCCUCUAUACCAUCGUCUCCUCUGGUCCUCCCGUACAUGUCGUCUUCCCUUGCAUAUUUGCAUCUAUGAUUGGAUUCUUGUCAUGGAUGACCGGUCGCUCAAAAUCAGGAAAGGAUACUAUUAAACGGACCAAUUACUCUUCUUUCCCCCGAGUUACUGCUGGAUGGAACCUUAUCCACAGUGUUGGUUUCAUAGCAGCUGCGGCUGCAACUUGGGUUGGCGGCAUAGCUACGCGAAGUCUAGGACAGAGAGCUGCAACAGGAGUUGUAGCAUCUGCCUUGUUCUUACACUCGAUUCUACUUCUCGGUGUAUUUGCUCGGUUCAAGCAUGUCCAAAUCAUUCCCAACUCGAAAACCUUUGAGAUGGACAAGUGGACAAAGGAGCGAAGAGACAGUAUCCGCCGUCGCGCCUCUGCCAUCGCCGCCGCCAAAGCCAACGGUCUCCAAGACAGACCCAUAAUUCUUGGUAAUCCAUCGGAGAAAUUUCGUCGUAUGAAUAUCCUUGAGAUAGGUUCUCUAACUCGAUGGAGUGAGAUCCGCAAGAAGAACCGUCUAAUCGACGAAGGUGCUCACUUAAACAGACAGCUAGUUGAUCUGGCUCGUGACGAGAUUGGACGUCGGGGUAACCAAGGGGCAGAGAGAUUCGGGGAACUUGUCCGCAAAGUGAGCAAGAGGAGUAUGAGGAGCAGACGCAGCCGCGACAGUGACGAGGAUAACAUCACGCGAGUCGAACUCCAAGAUAUCGGACCACUAGGGCCACCAGGAGCCGGACUCGAGCACCACCAUACCGAAUUACCUCCUGAAGUAUAUUUUGAGCGCGAAUGCAUCAUGGGCCAGACUUUGCCGGAAGAAGCGGAGGAAGCCCCAUCCACAGACAGCGGAUCAGGUGAUGAUUAUGACGCAGGCCACUUGCAAGAGCACUCCUCUCAUAUGACUUCCAAGGUUCAACCAUACGCCGGUUUCAGGAAACCAAGCCUACGAGGCGCUAGGGCUGGCACUGAUGACUAUAUGAUCGACAUGGAACUUGCUCGGGGUGAGCACGCCUCUCAUGCGGAAGCAAAAGUGAAGCCUGCCGAUCCAAGGGGUUCGGAACACAGGGAACAGCACGGUGCGCAUAUGACAAGCAAAAAGUGCCGCAAAGUGAAGAUGCUCCAGUAA